AUGAGCGGCCAUGCGCGCACCGCGUCGGUCAAGACAAUUCCCAAACCUCAAGCAGUGAACCCAAUAGCAGCGCCCGAUAUUCGCCUGUUCGUAACCAAUUUGCGAUUGUUGGAUUUGGAUUUGCGACCGGAUUGGCCUGAAAUCACGACACAAACUUUCUCGGCUAAGAAUGCAGACCAGCGACAGAGAAUUGGCGGGGCUGAAUGGGCACUAUUUCGACUCUUCGAAAUAUGGGAUCCCAAUGAGACAGCACAGAAACUCCAACCCUUCUUCCCGCCACUCGAACCACUCCAAUCGUUAAACCUCCGCGCUGCGCUAUACCGAUGUCUGAACGAGUUGAAGAAGAACGGCGUUUUGGGUAGAGAGUCAGUUCUUAGGAAAACAAUGCUUGACGAGUGCAAGGGCGAGAAGUUCUACGAGAUAUUGGCUAUAUUUUCGAAUGUCGUACUCAAAAGGGUUCUUGCAGCGCAAGACGGAGGUGACAGAGAAGCCGUUGUCGCAAGAAAACUGGCGACAGCGUCAACACUCUCAGUCGAACAGCAACGAUCAUUACUGCCCCUAGCUAUCGCACACAAGGCAGCGCUCGUCAACGUGCUGAGACAGAAAGAAGAGAAGAGGCUGAAGUACAUGGAAUUCCAUGGUCUUCUGGACAAAAAGGCAGCAGAUAUCCGGGGUCGCAUACGCAAAUGCAAAGAUACCCCUCGAGCGCAAAAGCCAGCGAUACCACAGAAAGAAGCCAAUGCCAUCAAGAAACAGCUCAAGGACAACUGGAUUGGCAACCAACAGUGGCUCGACGUAAUGCUACGCGGCGAGAACGUACAGGCGGACGAUGCGUUCCUAAACAGCCGUUUCGACAAAGUCUUGCAUAUGGUGGAAAAAGGCAGAAAACUAGAAGACGUCGCGCCUGAGACUGGAUUACUGGAGAAUCUGCAAGCAAGAGUGCAAGAGCAGCAGGAGAGGUUACAAAAGUGGAAGGCUUUCCACGCUGAGCUACAAAACGACGACUCAGGGAAGGAAACAUCAGGAAGCGGACAGACUACGGCGCCAGUAAAGGAGUUCCACUUCGAUGACCACUCGCAAUAUCAAUUGCCGUCGGCGAAGCACACAGCAGAAUCUGCGAGUGUAAAGCGGCCGACUAUGCGAACAGAGUUUCAAGACAUCCUGUCUGAUAUGGACAGUGAGCUGGCGCGAGCCGCCAAAGUCAGGGCUAGUACUGCAUCUACAAUUAUACAUCAUAGAAGUACCUCGACGGCAAAGACUGCUCGCCCACCACUUCUCACAAGGAAAUCUACUCAGACGGAGGCGAUACGGAAAGCGCCAGUGAUUCCAGCUAAGCCUGUCAAAUUACAGUCACCAUCAAGACCAAACUCGUUAGAACAUAUCCCGGUCCUACCCAGACCAUCUCGGCACGUUCCGACAACUGCCACACCAAUCGACUCAGAUGCCACACUAAUUGGUCAAUCAUCUGCGUUGAGUAGAGCUAUGACCCAGCAUGACGCAUCGCCGACGGAGACUGAUAACGAGCGCACACCAGUACCGGAGACUAGAUCUGCAGUUUUCGAGCCCGUCGUCGAUAGCUCAUCGUCCGAAGCUGCCAAAACACUUACUAAUUACUCGGAGCAAAAAACAGAUCUCUCUCCUGAAAAGCUACUUGAGCCAUCGCCAGAAUACCCCUCUGAACCAAAAAUCCCAACUUUUGAUCACCCAGAACUCAAUGCUGAAGAAGUACUUGCCGACCAGAUCAUCGACUCCAUCGGCAAUGCGACCCCAUCUCCGGUCAAGAAGCCUCAGCCACGCAUGUCCCUCUCACUCAUCGAACGCACACGCAUGACAAUGGCACGGACAAACUCUUUCGAACCUGUUCCAGAGUCACCUGAUCUACCGCUGCCAUCUAUGGGACCACCACCGAUCCCUUCUAUCACUGGAGAUGAAGACGGCGACCGACGCGCAACACUGGCCGAACGAACCCGGCUCACUAUGGAAGCCAUGCAAUCCAACCCUCGUCCCUCCGUCUCCAACACGGCAAAGAAGGAACAGCGUAAAUCUAGCCGAUCAUCACUCUUCCCCGUCAACCAAUUCGACACACCCCGGACCCGCAAAUCGUUCGAACUCCUAGAACAGGCAAAGCUCGAAAGUAUCGAGCGUACACCCACAGAGCAAUUGUUCAGUGACGAAGUGGAUUACGAUAGGGUGUUCAAGUCAAGACCGAAGAUUGCCACAAGUCCGGUCUGGAGUCCUGAAGGCGGCGUUGGUGGUCAAGAAGAGUUUGGAAGUGACGGUGAAGAUGUGGAUGGUGUUACUGGUAUAGAUCUGGGAGAUGUGGAUCAGGACGAUGACGGAGAGGAUAGGUUCAAGGAAAGUUGGAUGGAUAGUCCUAGUCACAAGAAGGGGGUGAGGAGUAUGAGGUAUUAG